AUGAUUGAAAAAAUGAACGAAUUUGGAAGAGAUGUUACAAAUUUUUUUGAAAGAAUUGGUGAUAGAGUGAAAGCAUUACUAAAUGGCAAUAGAAGACUGAACCAUGAUAUAGUUAUCCACAGUGAAGCUAUUCCGGAAGGCUAUAAAGUAGUGUAUCAAACUGAAAGAAUGAGCAGCGUGCCGAGCGAACAGUUCAGGAACCAGGAGCCGGAUCCCCCAGCCUUCUUGUCAACUCCACAAUUGGCAGCACUUCACGGGAAAAAGGUGGAGUCUCAUGUCAUCAGUACUAGUGAUGGAUAUCUGUUAACUUUACAUCGAAUUGAUGUCGAUGAUUGUAUGAACGAAACAAUUGGCACAGUUUUGCUUCAUCACGGACUUCUAGGCAGUUCUGCCGAUUGGAUUUUAUUGGGUGCUAACAAAUCACUACCCUACCUGCUGUCCAGCAUGGGUUACGACGUGUGGAUGAUAAACGCGAGAGGAAAUUACUAUUCACGAGGACACAUUGAAAUGAAAGUUGAUUGCGAGGAGUAUUGGAGUUUCUCAUUUCAUGAAAUGGGAAUCUAUGAUAUACCAGCAGCUUUGGAUUAUAUUAGAAAAGUUAAAAAUAGUACAGAGGAGAUCAAUUUCAUUGGACAUUCUAUGGGAGCCGCAGCCCUGCUAGUGCUGUUGUCCACGCAACCGAGGUACAACGAGUAUUUUAGAAUAGCAAUUCUGUUAGCUCCCAUGGUGUACAUGAACAAUAUCAAAGGUCCAUUGAAAUCGAAUUUUACACUAUUAAAAGAGUUGGGGGAGAGAGAACUGUUACCUCAACGGAAAAUCCCACACGACAUAGCCAGGAGAUAUUGUAAGGGAUUGAUUAUAUUUUGCACGAAUCCACUGUUCUUUUUUAGUGGCUUACCGGAGUAUACACAGUGGACAGACGAGUUUAUUUCAUCGUUGCUUUAUCACGUGCCGGCCGGGGGCUCCAUAAAUACAAUUAAGCAUUACCAGCAGAUGUCUGCGAGUGGGAAAUUUCAUAAGUUCGGUGACAUGUUUUCAGAAUAUGCAUUAUCAGAGGUGACAGUUCCAAUAGCGAUGAUCAGUUCCAGUGAAGACUGGUUAGCGACUCUGCCUGAUGUUUUGAAACUAUUUUACACGAUCAGAGUCCCGAUUGAUAAUUUCGUCAUUCACGGCAAGAAAAUUAGUCACACCGAGUUCGUGUGGGGCGCCACGGCCGACAGGCUAAUAUUCCCGAGAGUGUUUGAAUAUUUGGAACAUGGAACAAAUUACACUUCGUUUAGAAAUGAGAUAAAACUCAAUUGA